AUGUCAUCUCAAAAGUCGUCCUCGCCGAGCUCGUCUUUGAGUCUCGCCACCACCAGCACCAUCAAACAAUCCCUCCUCUCACCAUACAUCACGGGUCCUUUACUCUUGUACGCCACUCUCUACCCGUCCGUCUUGUCCAAGGUCCCAUGGUUCCCGGCGGAAAAGAAACUCCCCUUGCCCUUCCGUAUCCCCUUCACCACCCGCGACAGCGUCACCCUUCGCGCGGACCCCCCUCUCAAAGUCCUCAAGGUUCUGUUCGGUAUCGGCGUGGUCAUCCACCUCAACAGGUUCCUGAACCGCCUGGCGUUGAAUUACUGGCAUGUCAGGAAACAAGGAGUCCCUUGGUCCUUUGACGUCGAGGGUGCCGAAACCAUAGUCGUCACCGGUGGUUGUUCCGGGUUCGGAAAGGAAAUGGUCCAAAUGUUUGCAGACCAAACAAAAGCCAACAUCGUCGUCUUGGACAUUCAAGAAUUACCUGAUGACCUCAAAAUGCUCCCCCGAGUCACAUGUCACAAGAUCGACCUGUCAUCUCCUUCUUCAAUCACAACCACAAUCAGUUCACUCCUCGACGAUCACGACAUGACCCCGCCGACCGUCCUCAUCAACAAUGCCGGCAUAGCUCAAGCACACACGAUCCUCGGGACUUCCGACGCCUACCUGUCGCGCAUCUUCCAGAUCAACGUCUUGUCCCAUUUCACCCUACUCCGACUCCUGUUGCCCGUCAUGCUCCGCCGACGCAAAGGUCACGUCGUCACCUUGGCCAGCGGCGCGAGUUACAUUGGGGUGGCCAAUUUGGCCGACUACUCGGCCACCAAGGCCGCGGUGUUGGGCAUGCACGAGAGUCUGGUUCAAGAACUGGCCCACCACCGUUACGGCCCCGAUGGCCAUUGCAUCCAGGCCUCGAUCGUCCACCCGACCUGGGCCCGGACCCCUCUGAUCGGUUCCUGGGAACCGGAACUCUCGCGGUCCAAACAGUUCGUCUUGACCCCGAGGGACGUCGCCUCGAAAGUGGUGGCCCAGGUCCUGUCGGGAAGGAGUGGGAGCGUCUUCGUCCCCGACAAGGUCUGGCAGGCGACCCUGGUCAGGGCGGUACCGGAUUGGGUGGCCAUGCUUUUCAGAUCGGGACUCGAAUCCGCCACAAACACAAAGUGA